GAAUAGAGUGUGAGUGAUUCCCUCAUCUCUGAAAAAGGUGCAGAACGUUCAAGACUGGUCCGGUGGUCAUAAAAGCGGUAGUGAUCACGCAGAAAUACGUUGUGCGUCUAAAAAAAAGCAUGAAACUCAAUACGUUAUUCUAUCAUUUAUGUUCAUUUUCGUGAAUUUUUACCGGUGGUGAUUAAUAAUUUAGUACAUUAUUUGAUUGAAGUUUCAUUUACUUGACAGCAAUUUUUCUUUUAACGUGACCUGUUGUAAUUUCAUUCACCAUAAUCUUUAUACAUAUUUUUAAUUUGAUUUUUUCGUUGUCAAUUAGUGAUUGGGAUUAAUUGUAACAUGAUGCAAGAACAUAAAUCUUUUCUCAUCCGAGAUUUACUAGGAGAUGUUCUUGCAGAACGAGUUCAAGAUGAUUCAGAAGAUGACUCAGCCCUCCAUUCAGAUUCCGAAGACACGAUAGAUCCUGGAAGUAGUCCAUGUACGAGAUUAAGCAGCCCAACUCCAUUAUUAUCACCAUCACCAGGACCUACUAGUUCAACUAAAUCUUGUGGACCGUCUGGAGGUGCACCAACUGGUCGAAAACCACGCAGAAGACGCACAGCAUUUACUCAUGCUCAGUUGGCUUAUUUAGAGCGAAAAUUUCGGUGUCAGAAAUAUCUCAGCGUAGCAGAUCGCAGUGAUGUCGCUGAUGCUCUGUCAUUAUCAGAAACUCAAGUUAAAACUUGGUAUCAAAAUAGAAGAACUAAAUGGAAACGACAAAACCAAUUGAGAUUAGAACAACUGAGACAUCAAGCGACGGUAGAAAAAGAACUUUUAGUACGUGGUGUUGGACUUCAUCACACCAAUAUUGAAGCUUAUUGUCCCACUUAUUCACAAACUGCGGGUUCGACCCAUCAACCACCACCUCCACCACCACCACCAGUACCAACAUCAGCAUCAACUGCAGCUUUUCUUUCUACCGCCGCUGCACUAUUUCGUAAUGUGACUUAUGUUCAUGGUUGUCCACUUUAA